GCCGGCUGCUGCUCCUCUUUUCUCUUUUAUUCACCAAACAGCUUCCUCUACUUCUACCCAUCUUUUGACCUUUAAGCUUCUUCCAGUCACUACCGGCUUCUUUCCCUUUUUUUUUUUUACUUUUCCAGAUCCACCAAAAUCAGCAACCCAUUUCUUAAAACAUCCCAGAUUUACUGCCGGCUGCUCUCUCUUCCUUUGGUUGUCCAGAUCUGCUACCAUACUUAGUGGUCCCCCCGGAAACUCUUCUUGCCCCACAGGUAGUUGCCGGUUGAUUUCCUUUUGCUCUUUAUUUGCAAAAAUCUGCCUUGCAUAUGUCCGGUGGCCCACCAUCGAAAAUCUUCCUUGUUUGUGUCUGUUAGCUGAUUUCAUUUCUCUUUUUGUGUUUUUUUUUUAAUUUUAUUUUUGUGUUCAAAUUUGUCUUGCUCCACCUUCCCCUGUCAAAACUGCUUCUAUGGCCGGCGCUCAAGAGGGGCAAUCUAUCUCCGCCGAACCUUCUCCUGCCAAAGCUAGUGUCAAAUCUUCACACCCCAAAGGACUGCCAACUGCCGGAUCUACCUCCAUGGCCAGUUUUAAAGCCACUCGUUUCUUAAGAUCACCUCCUCCAUAUUUGGUUAAACUCUUUCAAAACCAAAAUCUUCAAGAUGAUGUGAAUCGGGUACUCCAACAACAGAAACCAUGCCAUUCAACUCAACAUUUCGUUCCUCAUAAAAAAUCCCAGAUUUUGGGUCCAUAUUUUGUGUCUCAUCCGUCGGCUUCUCUUACCUCCAUUUACCCACAGCCAAAAGAACAUCUUCUCCCUUUUCAAGUAAAGCCUGACUGGGGUAAAUGGGUUGGAUCUUUUGGAGCUUGGCCAGCUUGGCGGAAAUCAGAAUGGACUGACUGGAUAAACCGUCUGGAACCUGCUUUUGGCCAAAUUUGGAAGGAUGCGGGUUUGUUUGAAUUUAUACAACUGACCAAGUGCAAAUUCACCAUGGACAAGCCGGUCUUGGGUUCGGCUUUGUUAUUUUGGUCUGGUUCUUUCAAUUGUUUUCAUUUUCCCUGUGGAGCCACGUCUGUGAGCCUUUUUGAUAUCAGUUCGUUAACCGGAUUGCCCUGCACUGGAGAAGAAAUUUCAGCAUUGUUGACCUUGCCUCCAGGUGUUGAGUACAAUGCAGAGUUGAAGCCCUCUUAUUCAGCUUUUGUGAGAUCUGCCUAUGAUAAAAGUAAGCCUGUCAGUGCUGAUGAGCAUAUUUCAUUUCUGCUUACUUUAAUCUGCAAAUAUAUAGUCUGCUCUGCUGGUAAAGGUCCCACUAAAGAGUUUAUUCCCUUAGCUGCUGCUUUAGCACACGAUAGACAAAUGGCUCUGGGUCCUUUUUUGCUUGCUCAUUUAUAUAGGAGUUGCCAAGACAUCACGACUCAUCCCUUAGUCAUUAGUGGUGGGCCGCUUUGGGUUUUGCAGUUGUGGCUGUAUUCUUAUUUUCCAGCACUCGCUCCUGUCUCAUUUGUUGUUCCAGCCCGAGAUCUGCUCACUUACGGCUUCAUGUUCAAGAAUGCCGUGGAGAACAAGAGAAGCUUUGAGGAGUGCCUCAAGCAGAUCUCACAGUCCUUCAUGUUUGAACACUCUCAACUUCAGAUGUGGCGUGGAGCUCUAUGCACCGAACCAGUUUUGCCGGCAGCUAGGGUACUGCCAAGACAUACCAUUCCCGCCACUAUUCUCCUUCAACCACAGCUAUCCUCUUCGACCCUCCAUUCCGACCGAGCUGCACUUCUUCCUACAGAAGUUGGUGGCUUCCAUUCACGGUUCCUUGGUGUUCUGGAUAAUGUUUCUGCUUUGGCUCUUCCACCACUCACCAAAAAAUUUGAAGAAAAGCAAGUUGCAAAGGAGAGUGAAGACCUGGAAUCUGCCAUGGCCACCCAGAUCAGCAAGCCAGAUCUGCCAAAGAGAGCUCCUAUAGCUCAAGUCAAGAGGAAGGUUGCUACUCCUGCAGACUUCACGGAAGAAAAUACCCCCUCCAAGCAGCAAAAAAUCGGAGGGAUCAAGAGGUCAGCAAUGAAACCAUCUGCAGCCAAGAAACUUAUCAAGUCUACCUCUCCCUCGAGGUCCACUUCUGCCACGGAAACUGAGACUCAGCCUGAUAAAACAAAAAAUGUUUCCCUCGGUCCUGCUGCCACAAAAGCUCCUGUUGAAGGCAUAUCUGCUGAGGGUGGUGAAAGCAAUUCUGGCUCCUCUCAUACAAAAUCUGGCGAUGGUUCUUCACCCGCCACAAAGGUUAGGGGUUCUAGAUUCUCUUCACGCAUAGCAAACAAAAGCUUUAGAACAGUUAGACCAAAUGAACUCAUCGAUCUAAGCCCAGACAAAGAGAAUACCCCUACACCCGUAGCCUCUCCUGUUAGGCAGAUUCAUGUUGAUGAUAUUGAGAGUGUUGCUGUUGAUGUAUCCAUGAUUGAUGAUAAUUUGGAGAAUGAACUUCUUUCCCAACUGGACAUGUUGAUGGAUCCUCCGGCUAAAUAUGGAUCUGCCACAGAUAGUAAAGGGAAGGCUGUUGCUGAAGAAGCGAAUCUUGAUAUCAACCUCCCUACCCAGGAGCAGAUUAGCUUUGCUAUUAUGACCUUGCAAGAGCUCCUUGAAGGUGAUCCUUCCCAUUUCUGCAAAGUGCCGGACCAGUCAGCCGCCUUUGAAGCGGCUCAGAUCCUCAAUCGAGCUCCGCAAUUAUCAUCUAUUCAACAAAAGUUCUAGGCAGACUUCACUAUCAUUUAUACACAUUUCAGCAGGAGAUUCCGGGUGCUUGAGAGCAAAGUAGUGGCUGCAGAAUCUGUGAGAAAAUCUGUAGCGGAUAGCACUGUCGUUGUCUUUAAGAAGAAAGAAGAGUUCUUGGCAGCAAAGGAGGCUCAUAUCACACAAGUUAAACAUCUCCAAAGGCUUAAAGAAGAAAUCGCUAACCUUGAAGCCAAGCUUUCAGAGUUAAGAAACCAAGUUCCUCUUGCGGAGCAGACUGAAAAGAGUUUGGCAGAACAAAGAAACAAGCUCCGCGUAGACAUGGAAGUUGGUUUGAAAUUUGCUGCCAAGAUCAAAGAUCAGCUACCUUCUUUCACAGCCUCUACAGAUGAAGCCGCUGAAGAAAUCAAGAACAUGAGGGAAGAAUGGAGUACUUGGCAAAACAACCUUUGUUGAUUUUUUCUUUUGUGUAUCUCCUUGUCUCUUUGUUGGUUGAAAUUGCACAUUGUCAUGUUUGAACUUAUUGUUUGCGGCCCAUUGGCCAUGCAAACCUCUUUUUCAAUGUUGAUCUCUUUCUUAGCUCAUAUUCUGGAAAUCUGCUUGUUGUAUUUUUUGUUCAUACUCUAUUACAGGUUGAAAUCUAU